CUGGGCCUGUUGGAGUUGCCCACACUUCCCCCAGAGAAGGUUCUAAUAGGCCCUGCCCCAUGCUUCCUUACGUAAACUGCAGCUUCCUGCAAAGAAAUCCAACGAGGCAGGCCUGUUCCCCAGCUCUGGCACUCAACCUAUCCUGGUGCUCUGGUUUCUCCCAGCCUGCUGCUAAAUUGUGUCAUGAGUCAGGUGGAAGAUUAACUGCUGGGCUUAGGGACACUCCAGGACUGAGUAGGGGGAAGAAAUGAUAGGUCCAGGGUCACCAACAGAAGGGACAGCUGCCAUCCUUGACAGCGUGUCUGCUGGGUGUCCAGACGUGCUCAGGACCCCAGGCUAAGAAAGGCAGCCAUAAAUGGAGUUCAGACACGCCUGGCCUGUACCAAUCCCUGGCUUCAGUGACAGGCUUCUGCUUUGGUGCCCCACCUCCAAGCCCCUCCCCUGUCCUCCCGUGACACAUUAAUACCUCUGGCUCCCCAUACAACACCAUGGACUUUGGACUUCGCUGUAGCUAGUGUGAGAGCUUGGGAAGCCCAACAGCCAAGUCUCUCAAGCGAAGAAGCUUCAGGUAUUGUGGUGCCUGCUACAGGAGGUCACUUGGCUCCAGCCAUGUGGCUGCUGCUGCUCCUAGGGGUCUUGCUCUGGGCUGCACUGUGGUUGAUCAGGGACCAACAGACCCUGCCUGCAAGAAAUGCCUUCAUCUUCAUCACUGGCUGUGACUCAGGCUUCGGGCGGCUGCUGGCACUGAGAUUGGACCAGAGAGGCUUCCAGGUCCUGGCCAGCUGCCUGACGCCCUCAGGAGCAGAGGACCUACAACGGGUGGCCUCCUCCCGCCUCCACACCACCCUGUUGGAUGUCACUGACCCCCAGGAUGUCCAGAAGGCAGCCAAGUGGGUGGAGGCACAGGUUGGGGAAGCAGGACUUUUUGGCCUAGUGAAUAAUGCUGGUGUUGCUGGUAUCAUUGGGCCCACACCAUGGAUGACACGGGAUGAUUUCCUUCGGGUGCUGAAUGUAAACACAGUGGGUCCCAUCGGGGUAACCCUUGCCUUACUACCCCUGCUGCUGAAAGCACAUGGCCGAGUGGUCAACGUAACCAGUGUUCUGGGUCGCCUGGCGGCCAACGGAGGGGGUUAUUGUGUCUCCAAGUUUGGCCUGGAGGCCUUCUCUGACAGCCUGAGGAGGGACGUGGCUUCUUUUGGGGUACGAGUCUCCAUUGUGGAGCCCGGCUUCUUCAGAACCCCCGUGACAAAUCUGGAGAGUCUGGAGGAUGCUCUGCAGGCCUGCUGGGCACGGCUGCCUCCCGCCACACAGGCAUACUACGGGGAGGCCUUUCUCACCAAGUACCUCCAAGUGCAGCAGCGCAUCAUGAACUGGAUCUGUGACCCAGACCUGACUAAGGUCAGCAGGUGCAUGGAGCGUGCUCUGACUGCUCGUCACCCCAGAACCCGCUACAGCCCAGGCUGGGAUGCCAAGUUACUCUGGCUACCAGCCUCCUACCUGCCUGCCUGCCUGGUGGACAGUGUGCUCACCUGGGUCCUUCCCAAGCCUACCCAGGCGGUCUACUGAAUCCAGCCUUCUCACAAGAGGUUAUUCUUCAAAGACAAGGACUUUGUUUCUGUCCCCACCCUGGAACUGCCUGGUUCCUGGCACAAAACACUCAAUAAAUGUGUAUUAUAAGGGAAAAA